CAGCGUUGUAAGGGGAGGGGGGGAAGCUCGGGUCGACGGGUACAGACUCCAUCCCCAUGCAGGCAGCUGCUAAGUUCCUGAACCGCAUCGGGCCAGAGGAGCUGGAGCGCUGCCUGUUCACUGAGACACUGGCACUGGUGGCAGCGGGGGGACAGCCGCAGGGACAUCUCUGGGUGACAGCCCGACAUGCACCCUAUGAGCAGGAGGGCCAGCUGGUGAGGAGCUGCCUCCUGCUCCAGGCCGGCUCCCAGGGGCUGCUGGAUGGCGUGCCAUAUUCCUGCAGGCUCACAGGGUAUGUGUCUAUGCAGCUGGAGACGCUGGAGCAGGAGCAGCACGAGCGCUUGGAGUUUGGAGCACACCCCAUGGAGAGGAAGAUCCACAUGGUACAGCACCCACAUGGAAUGACCGUCACUGUCACCACCCAGGACGGAGAGGCAGACCCACAGCACCAGGUGUUCUCCUACAGCUGGGCCUCGCUGGAGGGGCUGCUGGGGGAGGCUGCCAGUCUGCUGCUGCUGCGGGUGCUGGCGUGCCGCCGUGCCGUGCCCCCCAGCAUCACCUUCCCGGCCAUCGACAAGGAGGGCCACCUCUGCACCACCACCUAUGUGAGACCCUGGGGGGCACGGGUGGCUGACACGAGGAUGACAGGUGGGCACAGAGUGAUUUUGUGUCCCUACAGCGCUCCCUGGGCAUGCGGCAGCAGCCGGUGGGCUCAGCACAGGCGGAAGUAUUGGUGGUGGAGAGAGCCCUGCAUGCUGCCCAGGGCAUUCCGAUGGUGUGGCACUACAGCCUCCUCCCCAGCGGGCAUUUGGCUCGGCAGGUGCAGGUGGGGUGCCCGAUGGUUGCUGUGCUGCAGGAUGCACCUGCUCUCAGCGGCAUGGGUGCAGAGUCCCAGCCUCUCUUCCCAAAGCAGCUGCUGGACUGGGAGGAGGACGCCCAGCUGUGCUCCUGGUUCUUGGACAGGAAGGCAGGGAAAGACCCAGGCUCCCCACCAGCUUGGCACGGGGACGACCCUGUCCUCAACCCUACAGGAGGAGCUGCGAGCGUCCCACAGCACCUACAUUCAGCAGCAUCCUGAGCUCUUUGCACUGCUGGCUGACUUCCUGCAGGCCCUGCUGCUCCGCCAGCCCCCCGACCCCAUCCUCUUUGCUGCAGAAUUCUUUGCUCCCUUUGCCCGCCACCAGCCCCCUGGGCCCAGCUUUGCCUCCUCCGUAUCCCCCAGCCCUUUCUGCAGCAUCUCCUGUCCCAGUCCCCUGGCUCAGGGGGAUUAAAGGUAUCAGCAGUGCUCCUGAAGUUCUCUCGUGUGAUUUGGGGAAACUG